GCUCCCACUCCUGCCCGACCAUACCUCCUGCCCAUUGAUCCCCUGCUCCAGACGCCAUGCACUUUUAUUGCAUCUCGCGUUAGCAUGGCCCCAUAGGAACCUCUUUCCUUUCUCUACGACCCCUUCAUGUCUCUCAAUAUUUCUGCAUUUGCUGCAUCUGCAAGCGUCUAGCUCCCCAAUGUGAUUCAUCCCCUGUCUUUGCCUACUUACCAAGCUCACAGCUUCCUGCUCUUGAUCGGUCCGCCUUCACUAACCUCAGCCGUGUGUUGUCCCGGAAGAGCCUGUCUUGUUCUGUACGGGGUCCUGAUUCGGCCUGAUCAUCGAGGAGCCUUGUCGCCCUCUCUGCCGCCUUUCACACAUAACAUACAUGGUGCGUGCGUGCGUGCUCUUGCUACCCGUAUAUCUAACGUCCACUUCCAUCCUCCAUCCGGUCACUGGAGACAGCAGCAUCAUCAUCAUCAUCAUCAUCAUCUUUCAUACAGGACUGUACGUCUCCAUUCUUCUGCAUCAUAUUAUCUGCUAGUCUAUGAUCGUCAUCUCGCCUCCUGUCCUUGCUGUGCUACUCCUCCGGUUGCGCCAAAUCUGACAGUUGGGCCGUUUGACGCCCCCGCCAAACCAUUCCUCCUAGCGGACACUCCCCCUCUUAGGCGCUUUAGUGUCCAUUCACAAGUUUCCUACGCGCUUCUGGCUGGCCUAAACACUGCUAGGGUCGCCGUCUGUGCAAGCCAAUAUAUCCUUGGAUACCCUCUUGUCUAAAAACCUUCCUCAAACCGACCCAGUGUUGUGGUUGAGAUUGGUUUCUGACACCUCCUAAGUCUUUGACACCCGCACUACAUUCUCGCUUCAGACUUUUGCGGGGACUCUCCAAAGCCUGACUCUCCCACAUCCAUCGCAACAUCAUGUCCUCCGAUCCCAACAUGGCCGGAGACGGUGACGAUCUGUCACCUACUGCCUCAUCGAAUCCCAAGAUGAGAAAACGAACAAAGACUGGGUGCUUGACCUGUCGCAAGAGACGAAUCAAGUGCGGAGAAGAACGUCCAACGUGCGCAAACUGCAUCAAGUCGAAGCGCCAGUGCGAAGGGUACAACCAACGUGUCGUCUUCAAACCCCCUAUUGGAGACUGGCCUAAUCAUCCAGGGGUUGUGAGUACACUGCAGUACCAUAACUCCAACCUUCCGGGCUCUCGUACAAAUAGUGGCCAGCCAGCACAACUGCCAACACAACCUCAAGACAGCGGUUUAGCUUCUAUCCAGCCCCGUCCGUUGACACAGUUUGAAUACGCUACCGAUAGCAGCACUGUCUUGGAUCACCAGGCUCAGUCAUAUACACAGCCUCUUCAAUCUCCUCAUCAUUAUCAACCACCGCUUGUUUCGCCGCACCAUCAAGUACCGACCCCAACCAGCGCAACGUCAUAUUUUCCACAACCUUCGCCUAUUCAGGCUAGUUUUCAGGGACAUUUCGGUCAAUCAUAUCCGCAGGCGCAAUAUCCUGUCUCGUACGAUGGUGGCGUUGGUCUGAAGUCGCCCGUUUCUCAAUCAACCCAGCAAGCGUUUUACCAACAACAUCCGGUCUCAACCUCUUCAGAUCGGGAGCAGUUGUAUCUCUCACGAGCCGGCGUAUCUUCGCAAAGCGGAGGCUUCCCUAUUCCAGCCAGCUCAAUGGAUUAUAGUCUGUCAGAAUCAUAUACCAUGCCCAUGGCGAACUCUCAGGCCAAUCCUCCCCAGUCUACUUUUCAGACUGCCAACAUACCCCAGAAUGCUACAGCGGACGUGAAUUAUAUGCACCAGCAUGCUGUUUAUGAAGAACAACAUACCGCGGCGCCUCUCGAUGCGGUACCCGCACCACACAUACCAUUGACCGGGUUCGGAGGUGAGGAUCACCUCAGUCCGACGGAAAUCCUCGAUGAAGCUGCAGUGGAGGAAGUAGACGACGACUAUUAUGAUGUACACCCUGAGGAGGAUGAAGACAUGCUGGAUGUCCCCGAUGAAACUGACAACGCCACCAUUCUAAGUCGGGACUUCAGUCUUAUUCGAAGAAUACAUUUCGAGAACACAGAUGCAUUGGCAGUUCGUCGCUAUGACUCAUUCAUCUAUGACGGGAUUUUGGAUCACUACAGACCAGAGCAGGUAGCCAAUCCUCUCAAGAAUCCAAAAACAGCGCGAGUCUUUGCACACUUUAUCCAUGUUACAGGUCCGUCUCUUUCUAUAUAUGAACGUCAUCCACGUAAUCCUACAUCCAUUUUCGAGGGAACGACUGUGCCCUCUCAGCAAAGUUUAUGGACAUAUACCUUGCCGUUGAAAGCUCUUGGCAACCAGGCAUUGUUACAGGCGAUGUUAGCUAUGGCAAGUCUACACAUCGCCAAAUUACAAAAGGGCUCUGUCACGCCUUCAUACAAGCAUUACGCAUUUGCUUUGAAAAGGUUAGGAAGAUCCUUAGCCAACCCUAAGAAACGACUUUCAAUCGCAACUUUUGCCGCGAGUGUGCUUCUAGGGUUCUACGAAGUGAUGACUGCUGAACAUACUAAGUGGAGCACACAUGUCGUUGGCUGUGCGCAGCUGAUCUCUGAACUCGACUUUCCAUCUCUUACCCAGAAAGCGAGGCAGCUACGAGCUGCCAAAAUCGAAGAAGAAAGAAAAUUACCACACAACAAUCCUUACAUGCUGAUCAACCAAAAACAACUUGACAAGAUUCUGAGAAACAGUGCGAUGAUGCCGGACGAGGCUAUGGUUAGUACCAUAGUUGGAAAAAAGGUGAGCUACGAUGAGUUUGGAAAAGUAUUUGAAGAGACUGGGAAAAGAGCAAGGAACACAGCUCUCCUGGACGACCUAGAUGUGCGGACUUAUGAAACACUGCAAGAUAUAUAUUGGUUCUAUGCAAGACAGGAUGCUUUCCAGGGCAUCGUCAGCGGAAAUCCACUCAUCACAAGUUUUUCGAGAUGGGCAGAUUGCCCUCCCCGCGCACCCCUCGGUCGUGCAGACGCUCUGUACGGUACCCACGACCACAUAAUACUCCUGAUCGCCCGCAUCUCAGACUUCACAACCCGCGAUCGUAACCGCAAACUCAAACAAGUAGAAGUAGAUGGUGGACAAUGGAGGCCAAGGCCUGGAGUACCAGGCAUGCCUAUGGGACCGCCGCCUGGCAAGGGUUCAGGCGGACAACCCUCUACAUCUGCAACUCCUAUGGGGCCCCCACCUCACUUGAGGAAUGUUGGAGGGCAAAAAGGCAGGCCCUCACCUGGCCAGGGCCCUCCUAAAGGUCCCCCUCCCGCUGGUUCAAUGCCGAUGUUCUAUGGGAUGUCUCCAGCAGCACCUCCAAUCCCUGUCCCGAACAGCUACACCAACCCAGAUCACGUCCCGGAUAGUUCCUCCAAGACUUCAAGUGCAUCGGCCCCAUCAAUGUCUCAUCUUCCGGCUGCAUACGAUGCUGCUCUUGCGGAGUGGAACGAUAUAUCCCAUGCUCAUGCUACGGUAGCACGAUUCCUUGCCAAUACCGAGUCCUUCGCCCCCUUGACGGCUGAUCUUUAUCCAGUUGCUCCAGGGGGUAAUAUGACGCCGUUCGGUCCCGCACUUCUACAUAGGAGCUACGACAUAAGCUGCAUGUGGAAUCUUCUUUACCUCGCCAACAUACUGCUCCUUCGCGCCCACCCAGCAUGUCCACCGGCCGCGCACAUGGCAGCGGGGAUCUGCGCUCCCGCCACACACCCAUACGCAACUCUCAUCGGACGCAUAAGUGCUGGUAUGCAGAUGCCAGCCACAAUUGACAUGCCUUUAUCACCAUUUGUCGGAGCAGCCCUCAUUGAAUCCACCAUGCCGCUGUUCUUCGCUGGCAUACAAUAUCAAGACUCUACGCAGCGAGAUUGGACUAUCAACAGGCUUGUUGAUAUCGAUCGUCGCACAGGCUGGGCCACUGCAGCUGCCAUCGCGCGUGGGUGCGAGACGGCUUGGGAGAGGGCAUCGGAGAUGGGAAGGGGGCCUCCAUAUAAGAGAAAGAGAACGAGAGCUGUGGGUGAGAAAGGACCGAUUGUGAUAGAUGAGGAGAGUGAAGCUGCUAUGGGUGACAGUAUGAGUGGAGGAGCUGUUAGAUCGUCCGAAGGGAGUGCAAGUGGAGCCACUGGCGAGUGGGGAUUCGUGGUGGGAAAAGGUGGGCAAAGACAUCAUACGCCGUGGGCGAUGAAUCUGUUGGCCACGGAACAGGAUAUAAGGUUGCAAAUGGACAGGGUCAAAAUUUAAAAGAAAAUUACCAUCAGAGUAAAAGGGCGGGUGUCAGUUGGCAUUGGCUGCCGUGAUCAAGGAGACAAUCAUGAGUAAGGAACGAAGACGAGCAAAUCGAAGGACUUUCGCUUCACCGAUAUCGAUAGUUAUCAUCAAUAAUACUAUAUAUCUUCAAUUUGCAGAUAUCAUAGCAUAGUCUACGGGAACAGAAAAUCUAGACACGACACAACCACACCAUUGAAACCGCAAGAGUCGGUGAUCGCCAAUAAACACAACCCAAUCGUCAAAAGUCCUAUUCAAGCCGCCGCCAACAAUAACAAAUAAGCUCAAGGAGAGCAGCAUUACCCACAGUACACAUGAUCAAGACGAUAUCUACCUAGGUACCAACGCCCACGCCAACACAAAUCUAUCCUACCGCACACCACAUCGCAUUACCACAUUCCCAAAUCCGA